GAGAAACAAAAUGUUGUAAACAACGCAUGUGAACAUUUUAAAGAAGAAAUUGAAAAAUGGAAAGAUCAAAAGAUCUAUGAGGCACAAAUGAACGUGUUAAUUGCAAUUUUUAACUUAGCUAUACGUAUUGGUACAAUUGUCAUCAGACCUGAUGGCAUAGUUAACAUUAUUGAAUCUAUAGAAAAGACAUCUAUUUCGGUUCAAGAUGCUCUGGAUGCUGGUGAUAAAGUAAAAGCAUUCAUUGACGAAAACAAGGACUUAAAUGACAUAAAGGAUAAAAUUGAAACAAUUCAAAAAAUUGAAGAAGAUUUAAAAAAUAAUUGCGACAAGGCUAAAGAUCUGAAUAAUAGUGUGAUAACAGAGCAAAAAAGAAUCGAAUCUUUGGAUGUUGAUGAACUUGCACAAAUUCUUAAAACUGAAGAUCGAAAAGGAAUAAAAAUGAAGGCCGAAUGGAAAUCAAUUGAGAAUGUUAUGAUGCGAUUGCUUGAUGAAGCAAAAAGUUUCAAAGAAUAUUCACGAAUAAAACUACAAGUAGAAAUGUUUAAAAAAAAAGAACAAAGACUCAAAGAAAGGAUUAAAGAUUAUGAAUCCAAAGAAGAUUAUUAUAACGAAUGCACACUUUCACUAAUUGAAUGCUUUAUUAAUAUUAAAUGUUGGAUGCUAACAUAUUUAGAAAAUUAUAGAUGUGCAUACAAAUAUUGGUCCCUUUCUGAAUCUGAAGUUGAGCUUUCUGUUAAGAAAACUACCGAAAGACACAUGAAAGAUAAUAAUAAAAUUUAUCAAGAAUUAGAAAACACAUACUAUAAAUUUGGGCGUCAACCUCAAACUUCGAAGGACUAUGCACAUUCAAUUCGUCUUACUGAGGAAAAUUAUAUUAAAAAAUUUAAGAGUGACAGAUUUAUUACUUUUGAGAUUCCAUUGAAUCACUCAGAAUUUCUGCGAUAUGAACGUGUUCGAAUCAUUAAUUUUGGAGUAUUUUUGGAGGGUAUUGGGUCCGAAAAUGACGAAAUUUCUCUUUCUAUUAGCAACAACAACAUGUUUAAUGAUAGAUAUAAAGGGAAAAUUUAUCAUUUUAGAUCAAUAUAUGGAGCAGCUCAAGAGUUUAGAUAUAAAGUACCAAAUAAAAUAGUAACAGAUGUGUCAUUUGAAUCAGAAAUCUAUUUUGUUCCAACGCCAUUUAGUCAAUGGACAAUUAAGCUUGAGGAUUGUAAAAUUGGCGAAUCUAGUUUAGAUUCAUCCAAAAUAGAUCUAUCUGGGUUGAAAUCAAUUGAAAUUAAGUUAGAUAUACAAUUUUACUUGAUUUAA